AUGUUUAAAUUUUAUCAGCAUAUAGAUAUAGAUCCGAAAAAUGUGCAUAUACUCAAUGGAACAACUAAUGAUCCAGAGGCCGAAUGCGAAAUGUUUGAAAUGGAGAUAAAGAAAGCUGGAGGUAUUCACUUGUUUGUUGGUGGAAUAGGCCCGGAUGGUCAUAUCGCCUUUAACGAGCCAGGUUCUAGCUUAGUAUCUCGCACACGUGUCAAAACACUGGCAAAGGAGACUAUUGUAGCUAAUGCUAGAUUUUUUGGAGAUAACAUGUCUCAGGUUCCUGAGCGUUGCUUGACAGUGGGAGUUGGAACGGUAAUGGAUGCUAAUGAGGUUAUGAUUCUAGUCACUGGGACUUCUAAAGCAUUAGCAUUGCAGAAAGCAAUCGAAGAGGGAGUAAAUCAUAUGUGGACAGUAUCUGCUUUCCAGCAUCAUAAGAAAGCUAUAUUUGUUGUUGAUGAAGAUGCGACAAUGGAACUCCGCACAAAAACUGUUCGUUAUUUUAAAGACCUAGACAGUAUACAUCGCAAGCUAAAUGAAAUAUCAUUUUAGUUAUAUUUUGCUUACAGAUGUCCUAGUGAUUUUAAAUAAAACAUUGUAACAA